GUGUGUGUUGGACAUUUUUCACACAGCGAGUCUGAGGUCGUUUCUUAUUGGGAACGUUUUUGUAUUAUCGUCGAGGCUGGGGAGAAAGAUGUGCGGAAUAAACACUGAGCUGCAACACAAAGGUGGUGGAAGUGUCAACCAACUAGGAGGGCUGUUUCUCAACGGCAGACCUCUGCCAGAAUCCAAGAGGAGGAAAAUGAUAGAACUGGCCUCGGAAGGGGUCCGUCCAAGUCAGAUAUCCAGGAUACUUCGGGUGUCCAACGGGUGUGUCAGUAAGAUCCUGAGCCGUUACCGCCGCACGGGACUCCUAGAGCCCAAGACCAUUGGAGGGAGCCGGCCUCGGCUUCUCACCCCCGGUGUCAUCUCCACUAUUAUCCAGUGCAAGAGGGAAAACCCGACUAUUUUCGCUUGGGAGAUUCGACAACGGCUGGCAACAGCGCGAUUAUGCAAAGUCUCAAAAGUUCCCAGUGUGUCAUCUAUAAAUCGAAUUUUAAGAAAGAUCCACUUGGACCUCGGGCCCAUGUGCAUGGAGAUCAAUGCGCACAUCAGAACUGAACAGGAUGUUGAGUCUUUGAUUCAACAAGAAAUGAGUCAGAAAGAGAUGCUUGAGACAGCGUGCAGCAGUGAUCAGAAACCUAAAGGUGUCCAGCACAGAAACCGCACCACCUUCACCCCAGAGCAGAGCAGAGCACUCGAGCAAGAAUUCUCCCACAGCCAGUAUGCAGACAUGUACAUAAGAGAGAAACUGUCCGCCAAAAUCAAACUUCCUGAGGACACCAUUAAGGUCUGGUUUUCAAACAGACGGGCUAGAUGGAGGAGAGAAGUCAAACAGAGGAGUAGCACACAAAGUGCACAGUCUGCAGACCUUCAAAAGCAAAGAGAUUCAUUUGCCAUGAUUCCAGUAGGGCCGCACAGCUUCACAUCUCAGCAGGCAACAGGAGUCUCAGCGGUCUACUGUCAAAACGCAGAUGCCUUCUCUUCGUACAACACAUCUGCCAGGGGAUUGCAAAAUGACUGCGUUUUCCCAACAGAAACAGGUAUUAGAAAUUCUGAAUGUCUGGCAUCUGUCUCAGUUUCGCCUGCACACCUCCACCAAUCAAGCAACAUGAUGAUCCAAAGUGUAGACAGGACUCCACUGGCCCUCCACAAUGAUGGAUUCACUUUCCCACUGGUUCACCAUCCCACAGAUGUGAGGACAUCCCUCUCUUUGACAACUGAGACAACAAGAACAGACUGUCCAGUGACUCAGUGCUGGAACCAGCAGGGAAUUUCUUUCACUUGGAGCCAGUUUCAGACAGAUGAGAGGUUUCUGUUUUCUUCCCAGCAGCUCUGGGAUGUGAACCCACACUAGAACCUGGACUAAAUGUGUGACAACAUUUCUGACAUUAGUGAGUAUGUUACAUGUUCAGGGUUGAUAAUGUAGAGUUUUUUUCUUCUUACUCUUUGGGUGCUGCUCAAUGUCUGAGCUGAAGGGACACAUCCUGACCAGCAGAGGGCAACAAAGAACUGAAGUAACAGCCUUGCCCCUUAAACUCAUUAUUUAUUUAUUUAUUUAUCUUCAAAUGCACUGCCCCAUCACUCACUUUUCUGUACUCUUGAAAUGUCAUUAUUAAGGAGUUCAUAGAGGAAGUUCAUAUCUUAUGUUUUAUUCAGAAUAAAAGUCCUUGUUGUGAUCUUUCAUUGUUUACAUUAGGAAACCCAACAGAUCUUAAAUUAUUAGACUGACUUAUAAAGAAGACAAAGACAAUGCAGUUCUAUAAGUGCUGAAUAAAUCUGGACAGAUGAGUUGGUAAUUCAUUUUUUAGGGGUGAUGAUUGAUUUUACUGAUGUGAAUUUCCAGGAACUAAGGUGUUAUGUGCCAAGGUGUGACUGAG